CCAAUAAAUCCUCCUGUCCAAACGUAUCCCAACAGUUAUGGUCAAACUUAUUCUAUUGAUGCAAAUGGACACCAAUAUCAAAUGCCACCGAAUUCCGUUGCAGCUCAAAAUAUUUCUGCUAACUAUGCUAAUGAUCCCGAAAUAAUUCAAAGUCAUGCUAAAUCAUCUAACGUUCCAGGAUUAAUGCAAAAUUAUCAGUAUUCUCUUCAGAGUCAUCCAGGUACUAUGCAGUAUUCUUCAUACUCUCAAAAUUAUACGGGUACUUGGGAUGGGCAACAAGUUCAUACUUCGUCAAGUGAUUCAUAUCAAGGGCAUCCGGGAUAUUCGUUUAAUCCAACUGUCGGUGGAUAUGAGUACAGUUCUGGUUAUCAAGAUUCACGAAAUAAUCUUCAAGCUAACAUUUCCCAUGCGAAUUCUCAGACUAAUGAUCAGUCGAAUUCGCACUACACAAAUGCUAAUAACGAAUCUGCGACAAACCUCACAACAUCGUCGAACUAUUCUAAUGGAUCUUUUCAACCAGAAGUUGGUUCUACAACACUAAAUAACCAGCCAAACACUAGUUACGUUCAAACUUAUACUCAAUCAUCGAACAACAAAACCACAACAACAAAUUCGGAAAUUAAAAAGUCAGAUAAUCCAAUAGCACCCAAGUCCAACUUGGAUUUACUUGCAGAUUUAGAUAUUACAAUAAACCAUGCGCCAUUGGUACCAGAAGUUCAUUCGAUGGACAAAGAACCGAAAGCUGAUACUAGCUCUCCGAUACCUAACAUUGAUAAGGCGGUUGAAACGAAAGAAGAUGUAAUGAGUUUAUCGCAAAUUGAUGACAAACUUGAAAACCUUCAAAUUGUCUGGGACACUUGGUAUAAUGACGUUCAACCAAAAAAAGAUCCACUAGGUGACUCAAUUAUUCUACAAAAGUUUAUUAAAGAUACUGAAAAGUAUGAGAAAUUUGUGGAUAGUCUUACGGUAAAAACUUUGAGUGGCUCAACAAAUCUUGAUAUUAAAUGGAAAGAAGUUCAGGAUUUUGAAGAACGUGAGCUAAAAAAACAAUCGACUACCGUAGCUCAGGCUAACUCGACAGAAAAUAGAACUAGCGAAUGGAUACCGUAUGACUCGACGAGAGUAAUAUUAACAACAGGAGAUCGCUCAUCAGAUUAUAUUAAUGCUUCUCAUGUAAAAGACUUGACUCAAUGGACACCAAAAUUUAUUGUGGCUCAAGCGCCUUUGCCCCAAAAUUUUGAAGCAUUUUGGACCAUGAUUUGGGAACAAGGCAGUGAAGUAAUUGCUUGUUUAUGUUCUGAUACUCAGCUUAAUGAUAUUUACUGGCCUACAAACAAAGAAAAAAGUUUAACUAUCGGCAGUUUUACAUUAUCGUUGAAAAAUUCAACAAAUCAUACAACACACGUCCAAAGAGUUAUUGGAAUAGUUCAUUCAGAACAUAAAAUCGAAAGAGUUGUUGUUCACAUGCAAUAUCCAACGUGGCCCGCUACAGGCUUACCAAGCAGUCCCAGACCUUUGUUAUCAUUUGCUACAGAUAUUAUGUCUGAACAAGCACUAAGACACUGUCCGAAGCCAAUAGUCGUUCAUUGUCUUGUUGGUGGACCUCUCAGUGGCCUCUUUCUUCUUGCAGCCGCGACUGUAUGUCAUGUACGUGCCGGUCACGGUGUCGUUGAUGUGCCUCUUGUUUUUUCGACUCUCAUCAAGUACCGCAGGUGCCUGAUUAGUAAAGAAUUUCUUCUAUUUGGCUAUCGGAUGGUCCUCUAUCACGCUCAGGAUACACUCAUGAAACGUGGAAUUUUGUCCUUAACAAAAUCAACUUUUGAUGGAUUUGAUAAUGGAAAAGGUAACAAAGGAAGACUGGUUAAAAAAAAUCAACAUGCUCAUCCUUCUGACGAUUUCCUUCAUAAUUUAGGAGUUGGCAUGCAACAUGGACUUGGACGACAGCAAGUGAAAGAUAACAAGACUGGUCAAUCGCCGGGUCAACUAACCGUAGAUCCUGAGGAAAAGACUGAUAGAGCUCAACCUGUAGACCCAUUGAGCCAGUUGGAUCCUCUAUGGUCAAUUCGAAGAUAAUUUUAAAAAUUCAAGUUGCAGAGUAAAAAGUUUUUACUACAAUUAUAAUACACACAUUUUUAUUAAUGAUUUUAUAAUGAAGCAUCUUAAGUUUGAUUAGUAGGCUUUGAAAAAAAAUUAUCACCGAAGAACGGUGUUCAAUCUAUUGUUAUUUGUACUCAUGCUCGUGAUAAAUAUUUGUACAGAUACUGAAUUAGUUACAUAUUUUAAGGAACAUUAUUAUAUUAACAUGAAAUGUUAAUUUCUUAAUUGAAUUAUAUACCUGUGUAAAAAAAAUGCAAUGCU